GUGUUCUAAACUCGCAGCCAAUCAAAAUAAUUGCUCUUGACAUGUUUUGCGGUGUUGAAAUACGCAAGUCAGCGGAAGUUUCUGUCUAAUACGUAGCUGAAAUAUACACGAAACGGUCAACCAUUUUGUCUGUAAUCUCUAUUUUACUCUCAAGGUUAAAGAACGACAUGCAUUUCUCUGUGGAAAUACAAGAAGUUCAUUGAUAUCCAGAGAACGAAGUGGAAGCUAACUUUAAUAUGGCGUCUCUUUCUAAUAGCAGUUCACAUUCUCCUUUUAGCUCAUACAACUCUUUUGAGCAAGCCAGAAUUAAUUCCUUUCUAAACAAUAUGCUGCAGUUUGAUGGCAACUGUACAGAAGUCGACGAUGAAAUGGCGAGUGCAGGAAAGCGUUUUGAGACUUUCAAAACAUGGCCGGAGACGUCGCCAAUGAAGCCGAUUGACCUGAUCAACGCUGGCUUUUAUUACACUGGCAGUGGUGAUGAAGUCAGAUGUUUUUCGUGCGAUUUGCAAUUGAAAGGAUGGAAAUUUGGCGAUGAUCCCUUUGAUGAACACAGAAAAAUAAGGGCCAAUUGUAAAUUUGUCAUUGAAUACGAAAGGGAAAAGUUAGGUGUUACUUGUAACCCCGUACCGGCUUCAGACCCUCCAACAGGAAGCGUGGGUGGCAGCAGGCUUGAAGGCCAUUCAAGGAACCCCUAUUUUGGUAGUCAAUCUAUAAUUAGUGAUCCUAGUUAUCAGACAGGUUAUAUGCAACAACAACACUACCCUGUUUAUAACGAACCUUAUCAACACAGCUCAUCUAAUCUGUCUAAUGUUACAAGUUCAACAGGAGUGUUUGUUACAUCUCAGUAUCCACGUCGAACUCGCCCUGUGCUACAAACACCAGAACAGUUUACAGUAAGACCUAGUUAUCUUGAAACUCAACAACCAUCAACUCUAUCAGUCAAUUAUACAAGAGUGACCCCUGGUUACCAGGAAAGUAUAGAGCCAACAAUAAAUCCUUCAACUCAACAAACUGCACCUAACAUUAGUACCACACUGCCUAGUUAUUCGAGAAUGCCCCUUCAUUACCAAGAAAGUAUGCAACCAUUAUUUGCUCAUGGAUCUGUGCGUAAUAUGGAUAUUCCAGUGCUGAGUCCAGUACUGCAACAUGUACCAAGCGUUCAUGUUCGCACCGAAGAUACUCAUCAUACUACUUCACAGACUGACCUUGAAAGUAUCCAUCAUAGAUUAGCAACUUUUAUUGAUUGGCCAGAAGAUUGCCCUGUCAAACCCUGGGAACUUGCAGCAGCUGGGUUCUUCUACAUGGGGACUGGAGAUAAUGUUAGGUGUUACAAGUGCAAAGUAGCAUUAAGAAACUGGGAACCUGAUGAUACACCUUGGGCAGAGCAUACACGUUGGUCCCCUGACUGUCCUUUGGUUAAAGAACAUGAGGAACAUCCAAGAAUGCCAGUCGAAGACCAAGAACAAACAACUCAAAGAGUACAACCUACACCAGUUAUUUCAAAUAUACCAAGGCUUCAAGAAUUUGCAAACACUUUCAUGCAGCCAUUACCUAGUCAUGAAACAGUAACAACAGCAGUGGCACAAAGUGAGAAUCAACCUUGCUAUGAAGGACGGGGAAAUAUUUCCAGUGAAGAAAACCAACAACACAUAUAUACCUCAAGCAGUGAAAAUAUGGUAAGGCCAUUGAAUAGCAAUACUCCAGCAGCAGCAGGAAUUACCAAACUACAAAGCAGUCUUAGUGACAGUGAUUUAGCAAGAGUUAUGGAGAUGGGUUUUACUCGUGAAGAUAUCAAGAAUGCUAUUGCAACACAAACAGAAAGAACUGGAUCAGGGUUUGUGAGGCUACAUGAUUUAAUGCAAGCACUACUUGAUGAUAGUCGAGCAAACUCACCUCCACCAUUACAAGGACAAAUUACAAAUCCUUCUGAAUCCCAGCAGACAACUGAAACCCAAUGCAGUCCAACAGAUCCUUCACAGAUCCAAUUUGCUACUUCACACAGCUUCUCCUUUGACACAAGUAAUUUUGGUCCUAAAAGAAGUCUAAGGCGGUCAAACAGUGCUCCACCAAAUGCAUCAAGUAAUACCGCCAGUAGUGAACCAGUCAGGGAUUUAGACAGCAUGCAAGAAGAGAGACUUAUCUGUAAGAUAUGUAUGGAUGCUGAAGUGGGUGUUGUGUUCAUACCAUGUGGACACAUUAGUUGUUGCCCACCUUGUGCAUCAGGGCUGGAUUUAUGUCCCAUGUGUAGAAAGCCAAUACAACAGGUAGUUCGUACCUUUUUGUCAUAAAAACAAGAGAGUACUACAACGUCUUUACAAAAACCAAAAUAUAAUACAUAAACUAUGUGGUAUGGAAUGAGUAACCAAACCUUUAAGAGUUCUUUAUCAUGAUGUCAGGUGACAUCAAUUUUAAAAUGAUAUGAUUAAAGUACUGUAGACUAAUAUUUUAUCCAUUUAAUCUGUGUUAUACGCAAUAUGAUAGUCUUAUGAAUUAGAGUGGUUUUCCGUCAACCAUGAAAAGAAAUAGACCAACUAGUUAGUAGCAAUUAGUAAUAGUCAAUAUAACGUUUAGACAAUAUGUAGACUAUAGACAAAUAGCUAACCACUAAAAUGAACUUGAAAAAACUUAGUUUUUGUGGUGUACUCUAGACUAGACUAUUGGUAUUGGUCUAUGAUAAACUACUACUAACUAUUUGACUUAUUGUGCUUUCAUGGUUGAUGGAAAACCACUCUAUUAAAAAAUUGUUACUUUUGAAUAAAAUGCAAAGGUAUUAUAUUUUAUUAAACAAAUAGAUUUCAUUUUUCUGUGAGUCUGUUUCCUAACAGAUACAUAGAUGAAUGACAAUGAAAUAAAGGAAAGACACCUGACUGUUGUAUAA